CGCCCCUGCGUGCCGCCGUACGUACGUAUUAGUGCUGUGUAUCAAAUACAAUGAGACUGUCCCACAUCUAGUAGUUCUGAUGGCGGGACUUCACAAACACAAACGGAAUCUGAUCAAUAUUGCCGCACUGUACAACUGUUGCAGUUCGAAUAAAUUGUGAAUCACAGAGGGCUGUAGAGUCACGGUUGUAGUGGCGCUUUCUGACAUCACCGAGGUGCGAAAUUUCAAAAAGUAUUCCGUUCAGUUAUGUCCGAAGAACAAGAAGCCUCCACCGAAAAGCGUCUUGGCCAAAAUGGGAUUAUACAACCUCUGCUCACAGAUUUGUAUCAAAUUACCAUGGCUUAUGCUUACUGGAAGUCGGGAAAAAUCAAAGACUCUGCCGUAUUUGAUUUAUUCUUUCGGAAGAAUCCAUUCCAAGGAGAGUUUACUAUUUUCGCUGGCUUAGAAGAAUGCUUAAAAUUUUUGAGAAAAUUUCACUACUCAGCUAGCGAUAUUAAAUACCUUAAGGAAACACUGCCAUCUAGCAUAGAAGAUGAAUUUUAUGAAUACUUGAAGUCUGUUUCAGCGAAACAUGUUCGGUUAUUUGCCAUAGCGGAAGGAUCUGUUGUAUUUCCCAGGGUGCCUCUAAUGAGAAUUGAAGGACCUCUGAUUAUAGUUCAACUACUGGAAACCACAUUACUGACUUUGGUGAACUAUGCCAGCUUAAUGGCGACCAACGCGGCAAGAUACAGAAUUGCAGCUGGCAGCAUGAAGCUGUUCGAAUUUGGACUUAGAAGAGCCCAAGGACCAGACGGGGGCUUGUCGGCCUCAAAAUAUUCAUAUAUAGGUGGUUUUGAUGGAACAAGCAAUGUUUUAGCAGGGAAACUGUUUAACAUCCCUGUAAAGGGAACUCAUGCUCACGCCUACAUAACAUCCUUUAACGGCUUUUCCGAAUUGCGAAACAUUUUCCUAGAACCAAAGUGUGGAGGGAAACCGCGCGACCUCCUAGAAUUGGCUUUGACAUGGAGGACUAAUCUACUUCCGAUUUUUAAAUUAUUUUCGGUAGAAGCCAGCGAAGGGGAAUUGGCAGCUUUAAUAUCGUUUGCGAUCGCUUUCCCAGAGGGUUUCAUGGCUUUAGUUGACACGUACGAAGUUCAGAGGUAUUCCUGUUGUAUGAAUAAAGUCACUUCCAGCACCAAAUCGCAUAGCAAGUACAGGAGCGGCCUGCUAAACUUCUGUGCCGUAGCGUUAUCUUUGAACGAUUUGGGAUAUCGUGCCGUUGGUAUAAGACUAGACAGCGGAGAUUUGGCAUAUCUGUCAAACAUAGCUCGUCAUUUCUUUACUGAAAUAGCCGUCAAAUACAAUUUGCCAUGGUUCGAAAAUUUAAUGAUAAUGGCUUCGAAUGAUAUAAACGAGGAAACUAUACUCAGUUUGAAUGAACAAGGACACAAGAUCAAUUGCUUUGGUAUUGGGACACAUCUAGUGACCUGCCAAAGACAACCAGCUUUGGGUUGUGUGUACAAAAUGGUAGAACUGAAUGGAUACCCUAGAAUUAAACUCAGUCAAGACGUAGGUAAAGUAAACAUGCCAGGAUGUAAGGAUGCUUAUCGUCUUUAUAGCGAAAGUGGCUACGCCCUCGUAGAUCUCUUGCAGAGGUCUAUAGAACCACCUCCAGAAGUAAACGAAAAAGUUCUCUGUCGGCAUCCCUUCGAAGAAUCAAAAAGGGCGUAUGUGAUACCAUCUAGAGUGGAGAAACUACUAAAUUUAUAUUGGGAAGACGGACAGAUCUGUCAGGAAUUACCGAGUUUGCAGCAAAUCAAAGAAAGGGUUCAAACUACUCUAAAGACCUUAAGACCGGAUAUAAAGAGAAAUCUAAAUCCGACACCGUUUAAGGUUGCAGUUAGCGACAGAUUGUAUACAUUUCUUCACGACUUGUGGCUCAAAAACGCACCUAUUGGAGAAUUAUCUUAGAUAACAAGUAAUCAAAAGUAAAUUAAAAUUAAUACGUUUGCUUAAACGCACGCCAUGUACACACGUAGCCACCAAAUAUAUUGUAUAAAUGUUAUAUAGAAGAUAUUACCACACAAUUAUAUAAAAAAGUUAUUGUUAGUACAAAAUAAUAAUGUUCGUCGAAUUUAGAAAGUG